AGACUGAAAACAGAUGGAGCCAAAUGGUGGAAGAAGAGUUGGGCGAAACCUCCACCUCCUCCCAAAACCCCCUCGAAGGAAAGGCACAAAACGAAGAAAGACAAACUGAAGCAAAACAAGCACCGAAGAAUAGCAU